AUGCAUCGAGAGCUUUUGCAAGAGACAAACGAAGAAUUAGAAUCUCAGCAACAUAGCAGAUGCCGCGACUAUACAAGCAACAGUUUUAUUUGUGAUCAAUAUGAUUUAGAAACAAGACAAAAUUAUUAUCAGUCGAUUUGGGGUAAUUUAAGUAGUGUUAGUCAAGAUUUUGAAAGCUUUAAAGCGACAUGUAUCGAUUUGGAACCUGUAGUAAAGAAGCUUCCAAUAUCUCACACAGCAACAACAGUUUACGACCCUGAAAUUCAUCGAUUAGAUGAACGGGCACAAUAUCUACUUGAUUAUUAUACUGAUAUUGUUAGACGUGAAUAUAGUCCAGUUUAUGUGGAAGGAGAUGGAAACUGCAUGAAAGAAAUAUCUACACUAUAUGAAGAAAUAUCUGCAAUUAAUGAUGAAAAUCAUUAA